AUGGACGAGGUCCGGUCGCAGCAUCCGAUCAUCUUCGCGCGGAAGUUCGACGGCAGCACGGGUAUCGAUGUCGCAGCACUCCAGCGAUCCACCAAUCAGUUGGUGCCAGCACCAGGUGAUUGGUCGCCUGUGCUGGCUGCGCUUGGUCUGGCAUCAAACGCAGGUGGGUCCCAGCUUCUCAGCUCCCAGUCCGUCUUCGAUGCUGCCCCCGCGGACUUUCGCCUCACGGCGGCCCGGGCUUUCACGCUGAGCAUGGGCUUCGCCACACGACAGGCGCGUGCUCAGGGCACUCUCCGUUUGAUCGAGCGCUAUGCGAUGUCCAAGGACUACGCCAUCUUCCCACGCUGGAUUCGAGUUGGGACCGGCUGGGACCCUGGCAGCCUGCAGUUCCGGGGGCAGUGCUCCGCGGUGAGCCGGGAGGCUUCCCAGGGACUCCGCGCAGUCUUCUACUGGGAGCCCCGCGAAGACCCGCGGGAGAUGCAGAUCCGCUGGCGGAGCCCAGAUGGAUCCGUGCGGAAGACGCAGGAGGUUCUGCCGGCUUGGCAGCUGCUCAGCGUCGUUGAGGCACCAGGAGUGCAGGUGGCUGGCUGGUGGUCCGUGGAAGUUGUGAUCGAAGCGAGCUCCGGGGAGGACACAGUGCUUUCCAGGAGGUUCUAUGUCUACGAGACCAAGAUCGAGCUGGCGGUGAUCCAGGAACUCUUCAGCGUGAUGCCCAGCUGA